CUGAGACAACUGAAGCAAAACCCAGAAUGCAGCUGCUUGUUAUAUUGGCAUAUUUGUUCCAACUAUGCUAUUCAGAAGAAUUCAGGAGAUGGAAACCUAAACAUAUAGAAGAAAUGCUAAAGAAGGCAAAUGUGGAUCCAGAAUGUUUUAUGAAUGUUAGUGAAAUUAUCAGGUACCAUGGAUACCCCAGUGAGGAAUAUGAAGUUACAACAGAAGAUGGGUAUAUUCUUAGUGUUAACAGAAUUCCUGGUGGGAAGAACGGUGGGAACACAGGGCAAAAGCCUGUAGUGUUUUUGCAACAUCCACUCGUCGGAGAUGCUACCCACUGGAUUUCAAACCUGUACAACAAUAGCCUGGGCUUCUUGUUAGCAGAUGCUGGCUUUGAUGUUUGGAUAGGAAACAGCAGAGGGAACACUUGGUCUACAAAACACAAAACACUUAAACCUGACCAACAAAAGUUCUGGGAAUUCAGUUUUGAUGAGAUUGGUAAAUAUGACAUUCCAGCAGUUCUCUACUUUGCCAUGAAUAAAACGGGACAAAAGCAGCUGUACUAUAUUGCCCAUUCAGAGGGCACAACUGUAGGUUUUGUCGCAUUUUCACUUCUGCCAGAGUUGGCUCAAAGAAUAAAAAUGUUCUUUGCCUUGGGGCCAAUAGCCACAAUUACAUUUGCCAGAAGCCCUGUGAUAAAGCUUUUGAGACUUCCUGAAACAAUGCUCAAGACUAUACUUGGAACAAAAGGAGUCUUUCAUCAGAAUGAACAACUGAAAAAGCCUUUAGCUCUAUUAUGUACCAAAAUGAAAAAGUUGUGUGCAUGCACCCUCUCUUCUUUUACUGGACACAAUAAACAAAACUUAAAUGCGAGUCGAUUACCCAUGUAUGUUGCACAUUCACCUGCUGGAACAUCUAUGCAGAAUAUUUUACAUUGGCGGCAGGUAUUGUAUUCAAAGCAAUUGCAAUCUUAUGACUAUGGCUCCAAGGAAAAGAACAUGGAGAAAUACAAUCAGACUACCCCUCCUAUAUACAAGAUAGAAGAAAUGAAAAUGCCCAUUGCUGUUUGGAGUGCUGAACGUGACUUAUUUGCAGACCCAAGGGACUUGGAUGCAUUACUUGAUCGAAUUACUAAUCUCAUUUACCAUAUGCGUUUUCCUGAUUGGGAACAUCUAGAUUUCAUCUGGGGUCUCGAUGCACCUAAGCGCAUGUAUGCAAAAAUCAUUGAGAUGAUGGAGCAGCUCUAAACCACACUGUAGCUCCAGAGGUUGAAUGAUUUGAUCCUUCUGUUGUGCCUGGCAAUAGGGGUGUUUUUCUUAUUCAAUUUUCUUUUUUGAAACUUAUUUAUAAUGGGAUUAGUGAAGGGUCUGAUGGUGACUGGCCUGUAUUUUGCUACAUUUGUCACUCUGUUCUAUUUUCCAACCUGCUGGUGAAUUUCAGGAAACUGAGCUGCCUUUCUUAGAUGAAUCCUUAAUGAAGCUACAACAGUCACAUACAUACCUCAUGUAAUACUACAGGAGAUCACUUUCUUUGAAAUGCUUUAUUCUCUAUGAGACAGUCUGCCAGUGGGUGAUUUAUGACAUUCAUCUGGUUCCAGACAAUAGCAUAUUAUUUUACUGGGCAGCUUUUGAAGAGAUUGUCAACUUUCUUAGGCCAAAAAAAUUAACUUUGGCAUAUGAGAAUUAUUUCCUUUACAACCUCUGGCAGCUCAACUUCUCUUUCAAAUUUCCUAUUUGCAAAAUGGGAAUAGUAAUACUUACCUUUUAGUUCUGAGGAUUAAUUUGUUAAUGUUUGUAAAGUACUUUAAAAGAUCACAAGUGCUAGGUUUUAACUCGUAUUGAAAGAUUCCUUUCAGUUUUCCAGGCAUUCAUAAACUUUUCAUCCAUUCCACACUGUAGCAAAAGACAUGCUAAAAGUUCAGAUUCUUGAUUUCCACAAGCAGAUCUGAUGUGAUAAUUACUAAGCAAGAGGCACUAACUGAAAUAUAUGUUGAUGUUUAGGCUUAACUAACUACCCAGAGUGAAUUUCUUUUGUUAGUAAUGCAGCUUCAAGCAAGCUGUGAGCAGGCUGAGCUGCUCAGUGCUUUCAUGUGAGUGAAGUUCUUGGUUCUGUUUUCAGUUAAAGAUUUCAUAUGCUUUUGCUUUGCUGCCCUUGGUGGUUCAUUCAGUGGUUUAGGAUGCUGAAAAAUUAAACCUGUUCUUGCUGAGUACUUAUGUCUUAAAAACCUUGCUGGGAGACUGUGGGGCUUUUUAUAUUAUUAACAGCAAGAAACUCAGAGGUUAUGGUAUGGACCACUUGGAAAAUACAUGCUCAAGGAAGGCAGUAAACUGUGUACUUCCUAUGCUUUGAGUUCUGAUGUGUGAUUUUAA